AUGUCUCAAAACCCUCACCAAAAAUCGUUGGCGGCAGACCAAACUCCAAACGAGAUUUGGGACGCGAUUCUAGAACCUUUCAAAGCAGAAAUCCCAGCUCGGUCAUGGGCCAGACCUGUGACCCAAAACGAUCCUGAGAACACCAGAACUCUUGCUUCAAUGUCUAGAGUUUCUCACGCAUCCCAGCCUGUUGCGAAGCAAUUCCUAUAUCAAACCUUGGACUUGGAAUCACUCGAAAAACCAGGAGUAAGCGCAGUGUCGCUUCUUAGAGCACUUGCUGAUCAGCCCAAUCUGGGAAAGCACGUGAAGAUGCUACGUCUCAAUUCGAGCAAGAUUAUUGCAUCUGAGGGGGACGGGAUCAAGUGGAACGAACUUUUUGAGAGUGUUGAGGCAAGAAUUAGGGCACCGGGUCUCAAGGGCGAGGUCAGACAAUGCCUCCAGAUGUGGCUAGAUACCACAAGGAAAAGUAGAGACUUCUCUGACAUUGCAACGCCUUUUGUUUCGCUUCUUCCGGGACUCCAACUUCUUGAAUGUCAAGUGAAGAGAUGGGAUCCUUUAGUAGGAUACCUCAAGAACUUCCCUUCGCUGACUGAGGUGAGACUCAAGGCCACCACUGAGACACAACCAGUCAGCAUUGUCGAGAUUCUACCAGCUCUGAUGCAUCCUACUCUGAAGGUAGUUCGUCUCGAUGGGUUUGGCUCAGACAGGAAAUUUGGCGGAAAUUUGAGGUCUAACGACAGCGUUGAAACUGUUGAACUCGGAGAUUCUUAUGUCAAUAUCGAUGGAAUAUCUGGAAUUUUCCAACUGUUCCCAAACAUGAAAACCUUUUCCUAUGAAUUUGGCAGCCCUAAGAGAAUGGGUGGUUACGAUCGACCGCAUAUCAAGGUCAGAGACCUUGGUGAAAAGUUAAGAGAAGUGGGAAGAAACUUGGAAUCUCUGACAAUUGACACGGUAGUUCUUUUCCAAUUGGACGAGAACGACAACAGCGCCCUCGGGUCGUUCAAGGGCAUGAAAUCACUAAAACAUCUUUGUGUCUGUAAGCCUUUCCUUAUUAGACAGGAAGAGGGCCAAGACGAAGCUGGAGCCUGGAACAACGCCUUUCCUUCGCAGUUGGAGUCAAUCCAUUUUUUACCAGAAUCAAGGAUUUCUGCCGCCUCCUUUGCGCCCUGGAAGGACGUGGGAUUACUCAGCCUUGUCAGAAAAUACCUUUUAAACAAGGAAGGGAGAUUGAAGAGCCUCAAAAAGGUUUCAGUGGAGCUGCAUAGCUCGGAAGCUCAGCUCGAAGAUGAGAACAGGGAAGUGGUCAGAGAUUGGUUCGGUGAAUGGAAAAUCAUAAGGAAGAAAGAAUGGGUUUCUAUGGUGCCAUCGAUUUUGUAUGGUGAUAAGUAUAAACCGACCAUUGUUGAGUUUAUACGGCCCUAG